AUGCUCGACUGGAAGUACUUUCCUCACAUCUUCGACCACAUUUACGACUACCUCGACGCCGAUGGGAUGAAUGUCCUUCGGCUUACUUGCACCACUCUCCGACACCGAGUCGAAAUCGAUCUAUGGGAGCACAUCACGGUGUCACACGGUAUCAUGAUGUGCACAACCUCGGACCAUCACUCUCGAACUGAAGCUCUUGUGUACACAAGGCCGCAGACCUACUCCACCCGCUACGGCUGUCCUCUUCCCCGAGCCUAUCAAGAUGGCCAUCCCCAGAUCACCAAGACCGUCAACGUUGUCCAUCACCCGGGGAGAGCGGGAAAAGGAGGCAUCUCACAUUGUGAGGACGACAGACCGGAAGAUCACGAGUGGUGCUGCGACAGCGCUUGCCCCACAGCCGACAUACUGGAGUGUAUCAGCACGGCCAUUGGCGCCAGAGUCGCCGUCCAGCUCCUCUAUCCCAACACCUAUCGAUGCUCAGACCUCUCUUUUACUUGCCAUUUUGGAGGCUUCCACUCGUGCAUCACCGCUUUCCCGCUAAAAGCUCUCAUAAAUUCCGGUCCAGAUUACAUGAUCGACGUCGCAGCCCCGCAACACAUCUUCAAGCUCGCAUAUCCUCCUCGCGGCCUGGCGACGGCUGGCACUGUCGACUUCAUAAAGGAAUUGAUCUUCAAAAUCCAUCACAUCAUCGUGCUUCUAUAUCCAGAGAGCAGCGACGACUGCGGUAACGAGUCGGCUUGUUAUCAUCCUUCUGGCGUGAAGCCGUUCGUUGAAGGAAUAGUACCAUGCGCCACUGAAAGUUUCGUGAACAAAGUGACCUGUGUUGCUAUCGAGAGUUGGCCGCCCGACGCUCCACGAGGUCCCCGCCUGUUGACACCUCAUACAACCAGUAAGGCUUUCCGGGUCGCGUUGAAGGCGAGCAAGGAGAGCUACCGCGCGACACAACCAGACAAAGUGAUCUUUUUCAACAAUAUCAACGUCAUCUCCUGGGAGCAGCUGCGCGAGCAAGUCGGAGAGACGACUUGCUCGCUCUUGGCGAAGGACAUCCCGCCUGCGAUGUGA